ACAAUGGUUAUUUUACCGAAUCUUGGAAACUUAUGAUAAAAAGUAGUAUGAUAAAAUGUGUUUCAGAAUAAUUGUAAGAUAGCAAUAUAAUAUGAUUAUGAUUUAUGACAGAUUAAGUAUCAGUUAAGUUUUAAGGCCUAGCUCUGUAUGCGCUUAGCUAUAAAAGGCCGUGCUCUUCUGUGUUUCUUUCACUUGCUCAUGGCGUGAUUGGAGUGUGGAUGUGAUGCACGCGAAGUAAACAUGACAACAAAAUUUUUGCGAUCGUUGUCCUCAUUAGUGUCAUCGGCCGAAACAAAUAAGAAAUAUGAGGUGUGGAGAAGGGCCCAGGAAGCUGUCACUGCACUGAACACACUUCAGAGUAAUGCCCAAACCCUAGAGAAAAUACGUCAACAGCGAGGCAAAAAGUCUGAACACAAUGUCCCAAACAUGAUCAAGUUUGCUGAACGAGUUGGAAUCACAUUGGAUGAUGUAGACAAACUUUCCAUUAUCCAUGUCAGUGGGACAAAAGGUAAAGGGUCCACAUGUGCAUUCUGUGAGAGUAUUCUGAGACACCAGGGAUACAAAACAGGAUUCUUCAGUUCACCACAUCUGGUUGAAGUGCGAGAGCGAUUUAGAAUUAAUGGAAUUCCAAUCACGAGAGAGAAGUUUACAAAUUAUUUCUGGGAUGUUUUUGGGAAAUUAGAAAAAACAAAGGAAUCAGCUGAUGGGGCCAUGCCAGCUUACUUUGCCUUUCUCACUGUGAUGUCGUUACACAUAUUUUUGAAAGAGGAAGUUGACGUAGCUAUCAUGGAAGUCGGCAUCGGAGGGCAAUACGACAGUACAAACCUAAUCAGGAAACCUGUAGUGUGUGGAGUUAGCUCCCUUGGGUUAGAUCAUACCUCAAUAUUGGGAGACACUAUUGAUAAAAUUGCUUGGCACAAAGCAGGGAUAUUUAAGCCGGGUACGCCAGCCUUCACUUCACCACAACCUGACAAUGCUUUAGAUGUCAUGGAGGAAAGGGCCAGCGAAAUUGGGUGUCCCCUAUCUGUCACCCCACCACUAUCUGUGUACGAGUCGAAUGGACCGCCCCUGAACCUUGGGAUUGCUGGACACAAGCAAAGACACAAUGCAGCGUUAGCAGUCCAGCUGUGUAAAGUGUGGACAGACCACAGAAGAGGAAAUCGAGUUCGGCAGAAGAGUUCAAAGGAAGAGAGCUGUCGGACAGAACUGAGUAACAUGGAGGCUUCCCGGCUUCCCCCUACUGUUAUUGAAGGACUGAAACAUUGUCGAUGGGAUGGUAGGAACCAGACAAUAAAGAAACCUGGAAUCACAUAUUACUUAGACGGAGCUCAUACUUUAGAAAGUGUUGAGCAAUGUAUACAAUGGUUUAAAACUGUGUCAUCUGAGGAAUCCAAACAAUUAAGCGGACGAUUAGUACAAGUCCUAGUCUUUAAUUCCACUGGAGACAGGGAAGCUAACGUUCUUAUCGAACCUUUGGUGAACUGCGGAUUUGAUGCUGCUGUGUUUUGUCCCAACAUCGUCCUCUCAACCCUGAAUUCAGUCGUAGCACGCUCCAAUAAAACAGAUGUGAUGAAUCUGACUGUAACAAAGGAGAGCCAGUUGAACCGGGUACUGGCCAACAUGCUGUUGUUUGAAAGACUGGCUAUAAAGAGAUUAAAGCAACAGAUUCAUGAAACGGAAAUGACACAGUCUGACAGCAGCUGUAGUGACGCCAAGAGAAGGAAGAUGGAUGGGGACUUCAUUGACAAGGGGGAUAACUCCCAGAGUGUGUGUGAUAUAGAGGAUUGUGUGAUUACUAAAGACUUCCCGUGUAUUUCAUCAGCAUUGACCUGGGCAACCCAGGGAAAGGAACCAAACAUCUCGUCACAAUCUUUCAUAGAGAUUCCCUCCAAACUGAGAAAUGCGGACCACAUACAGAUUUUAGUGACCGGCAGUCUACAUUUAGUGGGAGGAGUGUUAGGACUUAUUGGACCAGAAUAAAAUGAAGGAAUGGUUUA